AUGCAGUCCAAACUCCUCAUCACACUUGCUUUGUCUUGUCUAUCCGCUUUCGUAGCAGCAUCACCCAUUCCGGCACAUAUACCCGCACUUGUUGCUGCUGUGCACGACUUGGAAUCCCCUAGAGUGGAAAUAUUAGCGCGCGAACAGCCGAGUUUAACUCGAGAAGAAAUUGACGUUGAGGAAAGGGAACCCAUUUGCAGAUAUGACUGCAUUUGA